AUGUCGCGCGUCCUCCCCGCGGCGGUCCCGCGCGCGACCGCGCGCGACGUCUCGCGAGCUCGCCGCGCGCCGUCGUCCCCUUCCGUCCGCGGCGGACGGAACGUCCGAUCCUCCCAUCUCGCGGCGUCCGCGUCGCGCGCGUCGAGCACGGUCUCGAUGACGACGACGACGACGCGACGACGCGCCGUCAACGGCGCCGGCGUCGUCGCGGCCGCGGCGUCCGCGUCGUCCCUCGACGCCGCGCCGUCCGACGCGACGUCCUUCUUCUCGCCGUCGAAGAUCAACCUCUUCCUGCGCGUCGUGCGCCGCAGGGACGACGGCUACCACGACCUCGCGUCGCUCUUUCACGUGAUCGACCUGGGCGACGACAUGAAGUUCGCGCUCUCGUCGUCCACGACGCGCGACACGCUCGUGUGCGACGACGACACGAUCCCGCUGGACGACAGCAACCUGGUCAUCAAGGCGCUGAACUUGUGGCGCGAGAAGACGGGGAGCGAGCAGCGGUUCUGGGUGGAGCUGAAGAAGAACGUGCCGCACGGCGCCGGGCUCGGCGGCGGCAGCGGGAACGCGGCGACGGCGAUGUGGGCGGCGAACGAUCUCUGCGGCAAGCCCGCGUCCGAGGCCGACCUCCUCCUCUGGUCGGGCGACAUCGGCAGCGACAUCAGCGUCUUCUUCAGCACCGGCGCGGCGUACUGCACGGGACGCGGGGAGAUCGUCGAGGACGUGGACCCGCCGCUGCCGUUGGACACGCCCAUCCUUCUCGUGAAGCCGAACGUGGGACUCUCGACGCCGGCGAUCUUCAAGGCGCUCGACCUCGACGGUCGAAGCGCGGAGGACCCGCUCGGUUUACUGGAGAAGAUCAAGGCGGAGGGGCCGAAGGAUUCGAUAUGCGUCAACGACCUGGAGGCGCCGGCGUUUAGUAAGCUGCCGGAGUUGUUGGAGUUGAAGAAGCGGCUGAAAGCCGACGGCGGAGACGGCGUCAAGAGCGUGUUCAUGAGCGGGAGCGGGAGCACCAUCGUGCAGAUCGGCGACGACGACGUUCCGGGGUUCGUGGCGGACGACGACGCGCUGUUCCGCGCGAAGACGCGGUUGAUCACGCGGAAGAAAGGGGAGUGGUACGCGCCGUCGCCGUUCCUCGAGGUCAAGUGAUGAGGGACGAGGGAGGAGACCGGGCUCCUGUCGAAUGAAUAAUAUAUUUUUUUAUUAUAACGG